AUGUCACCUUCAUCUAGAGGUAUGGGCUCUUUUCCCAAGAAGUGCACCUUUGGGGUGACUUCUGGAAAAUUGCUGGGACACAUUGUUAGUGAGCGAGGUAUAGAGGUUGAUCCAGAGAAAAUCAGAGCCAUAAUUGACAUGCCUACCCCGAGGACUGAGAAAGAGAUAAGGGGAUUCCUAGGUAGAUUGCAGUACAUCAGUCGUUUCAUUGCUAGACUGACAGACAUUUGUGAGCCUAUCUUUCGCCUUCUGAGGAAGAGUCAGCCUACAGUUUGGAAUGAUGAUUGUCAGCGCGCUUUUGAGAGGAUUAAGGAGUGUCUCCUUUCUCCUCCGGUUUUAGUGCCUCCCACACCGGGGCGUCCUUUGCUUCUAUACUUAUCAGUUUCAGACAUGGCCUUAGGAUGCAUGUUAGCUCAGCUUGAUGAUUUGGGGAAGGAGCGAGCCAUCUAUUAUUUGAGUAAAAGGAUGUUUGAGUAUGAGUACAAGUACAUUAUGAUUGAGCGCCUUUGCCUAGCAGUGGUUUGGGCCACUAGGAGACUUAGACAUUACAUGACAGAGUAUUUUGUACUCUUGGUCUCACGAUUGGACCCGUUGAGGUAUCUAUUUGACAGACCUGUUCUGACCGGUAGGCUCAUGAGAUGGCUGGUAUUGUUGACAGAGUUUGAUAUUCAUUAUGUCACGCAGAAGUCAGUAAAGGGAAGCAUUGUUGCAGAUCAUCUAGCUUCUUUGCCGAUAUCCGAUGACCGAUCAGUUGAUGAUGAUUUCCCUGAUGAGCAGAUUGUUUCAAUGACUAGUAUUACGGGGUGGCGGUUGUACUUUGAUGGUGCCGCCAAUCAGUCGGGGUUUGGCAUUGGUAUCUUAUUGAUAUCACCACAGGGUGAUCAUAUCCCCAGAUCAGUCCAGUUAGCAUUUUCUGAUCAUCACCGGUUGACGAAUAAUAUUGAAAAGUAUGAGGCUUGCAUUACAGGUUUGGAGACUGCACUUGAUCUUGGCAUUAGACAGUUGGAGAUCCACGAGGAUUCCAACUUGGUUAUAAAGCAGACUCAGGGUAUCUGGAGGACACGGGAUGAGAAGCUGAAACCCUACCAUGCUUACUUGAACCUGUUGAUUGAUAGAUUUGAUGUGUUAAGGUAUAUACAUUUGCCCAGGGCGGAGAAUCAGUUUUCUGAUGCAUUAGCCACCUUGGCUUCUCUGAUUAUGAUCCCUCCGGGGGUGAAUGUUAGGCCAUUGCUGAUUGAGACUAGGUCUGCACCAGCUUACUAUUGUCUGAUUGGAGAGAUAGAGGAUCAGAUUGAGCUGCCAUGGUAUCAUGAUAUUUAUCAAUUUAUGUCAUGCGGCACUUACCCAGAGUCAGCCUCGGUCAAGGAUAGGAGAGCAUUGAGACAGUUGGCCACCAGAUUUGUUGUUUGCGAGGAUGCGCUGUAUAGGAGAUCACCUGAUGGCUUGUUAUUAUUAUGUUUAGACCGUACAUCUGCAGAUCGAGUGAUGAGAGAGGUUCAUGCAGGGGUCUGUGGCCCACACAUGGGAGGUCAUAUGCUAGCACGUAAGAUCACGAGGACUGGCUACUUUUGGUUGACCAUGGAGACAGAUUGUUGCCAAUUUGUACAGAGAUGUCAAGAGUGUCAGAUGCAUGGAGACUUGAUACACGUGCCACCUUCUGAGUUGCAUGCACUUGCAUCCCCUUGGCCAUUUUCAGUAUGGGGUAUUGAUAUUAUUGGGAAGAUCUCGCCCAAGUCUUCCAGUAGGCAUGAGUACAUUUUGGUUUCCAUUGACUAUUUCACCAAGUGGGUGGAAGCUGCUUCUUAUGCUAGGUUGACAGCGACCAGAGUGGCCAAGUUCAUCAGAUCGCAUAUUAUCUGCCAAUACGGGGUCCCUCAUGAGUUGAUCUCAGACAGAGGGGUGCAUUUCAAGGGUGAUGUGGACACGUUGAUUCAAGAGUAUGACAUUCAGCAUCAUAGAUCGUCUGCAUACAGGCCGCAGACUAAUGGACAUAUAUCCGAGGCCGAGUGGGCCCAAUCUCGUUAUGAUCAGCUUAGCCUGUUGGAUGAGAAGAGAUUGAGGGCGGCAGAUCAUGUUCAGGCCUAUCAGAGGAAGAUGACCCGUGCAUUCAGAAAGAGGGUCAAGCCUAGGAAAUUCCAGAGAGGUGACCUUGUCUUGAAAGUCCUCAGGGGAUUGAUCAGCGACCCUAGAGGCAAGUUUAGACCGAGUUGGAGCGGGCCUUAUGUCAUCCGAGAUCUGACUCGAGAGGGAGCUGUCUGGUUGACAGACCUAGACGGAAAUCAGUUAACAGAGCUAGUUAAUGUGGAUCAGCUGAAGAAGUUUUAUGUGUGA